GUUCGCAGUAGUUACGGAGUAUUACGGAGUACAAAAAUAAAGGGGGCUAAAUUGUCUAACUAAGGUUAGGUAAAGCAAUUAUGGGGUGCGCCUAGCAACACCCAAAAUCAACUUGCCUCAAUCAUAUUCCCCUUGUCAAAAGCCAAUUGGUAGCAUCUGUUCUUUGCUGCCUGCGACGAUGAACUGCGAAGUCGCUGCAACAGUGAAACCAUCUUCUUCUUCCUGCCAGAGACUCUCCUCGCAUAACUUCAGGGGGCUCCUCGAUUCCGUCGACGCUUUUCUAUUCGACUGCGAUGGUGUGAUUUGGAAAGGUGAUAAAUUGAUAGAUGGAAUCCCUGAAGCUCUUCAUAUGCUUCGUUCCAUUGGGAAGAAGCUUGUUUUUGUGACAAAUAAUUCAACAAAAUCAAGAAAACAGUUCUCCAAGAAGUUCCAUACUCUUGGAAUUACAGUUUCUGAGGAUGAGAUAUUCUCAUCUUCAUUUGCUGCUGCAAUGUAUUUGAAAGUUCACAACUUCCCAAAGGACAAGAAGGUCUAUGCAAUAGGUGAGGAGGGCAUGUUGGAGGAGCUUACGCUUGCUGGCUUUACAGCGCUUGGUGGUCCGGAUGAUGGAAAAAAGACUUUGGACUUGAAAUCAGGACGUGUUUUUGAGCAUGAUAAGAGUGUUGGAGCUGUCAUUGUUGGACUAGACCAAUACAUCAAUUUUUACAAGCUACAAUAUGGAACCCUCUGUGUACGUGAGAAUCCUGGAUGCCUGUUUAUUGCUACUAAUCGUGAUGCAGUGGCGCACUUAACGGCUCUUCAAGAAUGGCCAGGUGCUGGAUGUAUGGUUGCUGCAAUGUGCGGAUCAACUCAAAAGGAGCCCAUUGUAGUUGGGAAGCCAUCCACCUUCUUGAUGGACUUUCUACUACAGAAGUUCAAUAUCACUACCUCAAGAAUGUGCAUGGUGGGUGACAGAUUGGACACUGAUAUACUAUUUGGACAGAACUCUGGUUGCCACACUCUCCUUGUUCUUUCAGGUGUGACAAAUCUAGCAACACUUUUAGACCCUGCAAACGACAUCAAACCAGAUUAUUACACUGACAAGGUGUCCGACAUUCUAAAAUUGCUGGAAUGAUCGUAGCAUCAGAUUUGUCAUUGCCCAUUUCUUCUAUUGUUAGUUGAUUGAUAAGUUCAUUAAGAAAACUUGUAACACAUCAUCUGAAAAAUACACAGCAAUACAGGACGUUUCUCUUACUCCAUUACAGAAUGCUAUGUUCAUUCGCCGCACAUCAAGUGAAUAAGUUAAAAACACCAAAGUUUUAGUCUAUUCACUCAUUUUAUUGUACAACUCAAAUACAUAAAAUGCCAAUAAGUAUAUUCACCAUUAGGGUUGAACUUUCCCUUCACCUUCCUACUGUCCUGUC